UGUACAGUCAGGGAAGAAGAAGAAGAAGUUGAACCAUUUCGCUUUGACAGUGCGUGUGUGUCUCUGUGUGAGAGAGGUGGUGUAUGAAUGUGUAGCUCCGUUAUAAUCUGUAAUAACUCGCCAUGUUUAUAGUGAGCUCCAGGCUGGGUAAAGCGCGCGCGUUAGCCGUUAUAGCACAGCGCGUGCAGUGCAGUGGAGGAGCGCGCGCGAGCAGCAACAGCAGCAGACCGGUGGUGUUUAUGGAGCUCGCGGCGGACACUGAACCUCUGGGUAGAGUCACCUUCGAGCUGAACGCAGACAUUGUUCCAAAAACAGCAGAGAAUUUCUGAGCGCUGUGUACAGGAGAACACGGUUUUGGAUACAAAGGUUCCAUCUUCCACAGAGUCAUACCACAGUUCAUGUGUCAGGGUGGUGAUUUUACACAUCAUAAUGGUACAGGAGGGAAGUCGAUCUAUGGCCCGCGGUUUCCUGAUGAGAACUUCACACUGAAACACACAGGACCUGGUGUUCUCUCAAUGGCCAACGCCGGACCAAACACCAACGGCUCCCAGUUCUUCAUCUGCACUUUAAAAACUGAGUGGUUGGAUGGGAAGCACGUGGUGUUCGGCAGUGUGAAGGAGGGGAUGGAGGUGGUGAAGAAGAUGGAGGCAUUCGGCUCUCGCUCUGGGAAAACCUCCAAGAGGAUCAUCGUCACCAAUUGUGGAGAGCUCAAAUAACACACACACACACACACACACACACUCACACACAGAUCUCAUCACAGUGAGCACUUAUCUAACACACACACACACACACACACACACACACACACACACACGACAUGACGAGGUUUCAGGUUGAGUUUGUGUUUACUAAAGACCACAUCAGCAUUGAGAACACGAGCCAAAGCCAUGGGCCUCGUUCCAAUGCAGUUCAUAACACACCCUCAUUCACUUCCUCUUCCCAUGCCCCUCCCCUCUGCACCUCCCCUCUGUCUCCUCCCUUCUGUCUCUGUAAAAUCGAAAGUUUUUUUUCCUAGUGACAAACCUGUUCCCAUUGGGUUUUAUUCCUCCAAACAGAGCCAGCUAAAAUUUCAAGAACCUCUUUAAAUAAAACUAGCUAGCUGACGUUAAAUAAUAUCUCCAAAAAGUCUGGCUAGCUAAUGCUAAUGGAAUAGUCAUUAGAUCGUUUGAUUUGGGGAUUGUCUUUAUCGUCUCUGGCUAGUUUUGUUUGUGGAUUUAAACAAUAUAAUUUAGGGGCGAGAGUAAUAAAGCAGAUUAGCGUGGGAUUAAUUGACUGCAAUAAUGUAGCCUGUGGAUCUGAGCCGAGUCUGGAUUAAAUAAGCCUGGAUUAGUUCAUUCUGGAUCAGUGAAGUGGACCGGUCCAGAGUCUCCGUAUUAAUGUGAAUGUUGUAUAUCAGUGUUUCCUGAAACCGAUCCUCAGGGACACCUUUGUUGUAGCUCCUCCCACACCUGUACCAGUGGGUGGAGCUCUGAGAGACACCUGACUGACACACUGGUGUAUAUUAAAAAGAAAAGAUUUGAUUUCAGACCGCGUUACAGUGUAAAUGAGGAGAACACCAGCUGUGUGUGUGUGUGUGUGUGUGUGUGUGUGUUUGAGGUAAAUGUGCUGAAUGUGGUGUUUACUCUGGUACUGAUCCUGUUGGAGCUGGGCUUUAACUCAGAAAUAAAAUAAAAUAAGCUAACACAA